AUGUUUGAAGGCCUCCGCCGGGAUGCUCGCUUGGCUUCGUUGAUACCCUUUGUCCGUCAAUUCUACGGCCGCGAAAGCACGCGGAAGGGGGGCAACAAGGUGACCCCUGAUGCCGGGCUUAGAUUCGCCGUGGGCAUCCACCCGGCCCUCCUCGCGGCGCAUGCCGACCUCGGGCCGCGUGCAGAACUCUAUGCUUUCUUGGAUGAUACGUAUGUCUCGUGCGACCCGACGGACGCGUGCGCAGCGUUUGUCGCCUUGCGCAGGCAGCUCAAGCGUCACGCCAACAUCAAUGUGCAUCUGGGCAAAACGCGCGUUUGCAACUCUACAGAGGCGAGCAACCCCCAAGCCUUGCUGAAGUGCUCCCGACGGCGCCGGGACACCGGCGGCGGAUGCGUCCAAGCGGGCCGCGGCGGCUCGUUGCCACCCUCGCAGCAGCUCUCCAGGGGUGCGUUCAACCAUCCGGGGUACAUCGUUGGCCAGGAGGUCGGUGAAGUGGUCACCGACCCGUACGGGUUACGCCCGGCCGUACAACGGGCCUCGUUGCACCGUUGGACGGGCAUUCUGGCGGUGGCGGCCCAACGUGCGCUGGCCCACUCUUUGCUCGAGUUGCCGCUGGAGGGAGCGGACAUGAGCGGACGAGUGCGACGGCACGUACUCACGGCGGCCGAGCUAGCCCCGGGCACAGAUGCUGACCGAUCCAGCUACGACACAGAGGCACUGGACUUGCUCACCGAAGCGGCGACGUGCCUUGCGCAAGCUGAUGUCACUGCAGAUAUCGUCGUUGGGCCCCCACCCCCUGGCAUAUCGGAGCCGGGCGAUGCCAACAAGCCGAUCAAGCCGCCGGCCGAGAGAGGCGUCGUCGUCCUGGCUGGAACGCGGAUGCGCAUGAGCUCUUGCGGCAGCUCGUUCACGUCCGAGUCCCCGCGCGCCGCCAGCCGUGCGCGCGGCUACCUCGCGUGCCUGGGCACGACGGUGGUGGGGGAUGCUAUCGAUCGCGGUGCAGCACGCGGUCGGGGGAAGGCGCUGGGCGCCGCCUGGUUUUUUCCCCGCAGCGCCACAGACUGGCAGCCUGCCCUCGAGCACGUCCUCGCGCUUGCGGAGCCGGGCGGGCCGAGUCGCCUCCCGCUCCGGUGA